AUGUACCAUCUCGCGCAAGCUCUCUGGCUGCAUGCUACAAGUAAGGAAGAGUACUCCAUCCUCGUUCUUGGUCUCGACAACGCCGGAAAGACGACACUUCUCGAGCAGAUCAAGAGUCUCUACAACGAUGCACACCAGCCAAACUUGAAGACUGUUCCCACGGUGGGACAGAAUGUCAGUCUCAUCGAUUUACCAGAGCUCUACUUGCGCAUUUGGGACGUUGGCGGUCAGCAUACCCUGCGUGGACUCUGGCAGUCCUACUACCGCAGCUGUCACGCCAUUGUUUUCGUGAUUGACAGCACAGACGUGGGCGACGCAGACAUCGAGCGACUCGGCAAGGGACCUAGUAAGGAAGACGAGGAAGGACGCCUGGAAGAGUGCAGACUGGUACUGGAAGACGUGCUACAAAAUGAAGAAACAGAAGGAGUGCCAGUGCUGGUGCUGGCCAACAAGCAGGAUCGGGAAGAUUGUGUCGAGGUGGUGAGGAUCAAGGAGGGAUUGGUACGAAAAGUGUUCGAGGGCGAGAAAGGUCAGAACGUGCGGGAUAGCAGAGUGCUGCCUCUGAGUGCAUUGACAGGGACGGGCGUCAAAGAGGCUGUUGAGUGGCUUUGCAGCAGAGUGAAGUGGAACAAGGAAGGCAGACCACCUGUCAUGAGGUGA